UCAUACACAUCCACAUCUCGCACUACACUUUCUUCACUUCUUCACAAUUCAAGUAGUCAAAUACAUUUCGAGGUCAUCAACUUCGACACUUUAUAUCUACAUCCCCUUCUAUGCUAGAUAUACUUCUGGUCUCGUUCUAUCAUUCAAAAUACUAGAUAUUCGAUCUUUGCCCUUGUACACAUCCAUUAUUAGUCUAUAUACAGCACACACUGUUUAUAAUCCUCCUUCCAUUCAAAAUCAUCAACCUCUAGCACACAAUCCACACUUGUAUACAACUUCAAGUUCCUUCACCUAUUUUACCACUCGUUCAUCAUGGGCAAGCAUUUAAAAAAUCGAAGACAAUCUGCUAGCAAGUCAAAGCAGCAGAGAGAAAAGUAGCACUUCCUUCCUAACUCAUGCGUGAAGCAACCUCUGACGAUCGUAGGUCUCGCGAUAAAAGAACCCCUCAGGAACUUACUGCACAUUCGAACAGAUCUAAUGACGAAACACACGAGCACAAAAUUAUCGCACAGCCAGGAACAGGUUCCAUUUCACGGGAGCAAGGCUUUGAAGAGGUGGAAGCUGUCCACGCUGAGUCUACAAUGGUUGAAGGCAGAUACACCGAAGCUGACAAUGAAUCAAUCCUUGCACAAUGGGAUUUCGCGGACGACAAUCCUCUAUUCGAAGCAACAGAAGAGGUAUUCCAGGAUACAGAGAAGCGCGCGUUAUCCACAACUAUCUCCCCAGAUCCUCUCUUAUUUGAUCACAUGGGUGCUUCUUUCCCUAUUUCUGGCUACAUGACCGCUACCCCUCAAACUGCCACAUAUUCUACAUUCCCAUCAUACAACGUCGCGCAUGUUAGGAAUCCUUAUCAAAUCACCAAUACAUUUCCAAUUACGACUAUACAUAGUCAACAAGCUAUGACACUCGAAGACGUACCGAUCACAAAUCAAUUCCAGCUUUCUAGAUGGUUGUAUGAAAAUCGUGUCCAAGAAAUGACUGUAAGAUCCCUUCUUGCCAAAUUCCUACCAUGAAGACUAACAAUCUGUCAGUUCGCCGAGCGUUUGGUAAGGCGCAACUAUGAUCUUUAAACCAAAGUCUUUUAUUAACUAGGUAUAUACCAUUGAUGAAAAUGUAAGCAAAUAUCAUAUUAUUAUUUCUAAUGCAAUCUAACAUCAGUUUAGAAUUACUGAAUGACAGUUGGUCAUGUCAGAAUCCGAAGCGAUGAUAAAGCUUUCUUGUAGCACUAUCAAACUAUGUUAAAGAAAGUUCCGAUGUCGAAUAUCAUCGUCCUCGAUAACUAUAUAUAUCAUCAAAUUUUUCCCAAGCACUCAAUGCAAUUAUCUUCGAGAGCAGGUACCCUCUGUGGAAAGCUACAAUGGAUUGUGGAAGACACAUCGGAAAUUUAUACAAUAAGCCUCACGAAUAUCAUUUGCAGCUUUUCAUUUAUUUUCUUUCAAAGCUCAGUACUGCGUUUAUUUUUUACAUUUGCAAAUUCCAUAGGGUGAAGAGAAAAUGAG